CAAGAUGUUAUACCUGCAUCAGAUGAAUGAUUUGAAUACCAGUAUAUAAAAUAAUAUUCUUUGAAAUGGCAUGCCAUGUAUGACAUACACGGGAAGGUUGAAAAAGCCUCAGAUUAUGUGAUAGUCGCAUUGCCAUAAGUAUAGUACGAGCGGUUAUAACUUUAUACACAAAAACACGCACACGUAGCUAGCGAUCGCAAAUAUGAAGAUUGCUUUGAGCUGGACAAUUGCAGUUUUGCUAUUAAGCACUAAGGUUAACCUCACUCCGAUAGACUCCUGCGCUCGGUCAAUGCUAAUUGCAAAAUACAAAGUUGCGAUUAAAUAUGAUACUCAGUCCUCUGAUCAGACUGUUUGUCAAUAUGACCAAGAUGUUGCGACUGCUUUAAAUCAAGAAUUAUCAACCUGUGAUAAUUACACAUCAAAACUGAUACAAUAUUGGAUUAUGGCAGCAACUUUGGAUUUCGAAUUAAUAAGUGUCAACGAAGUCAACUGCAAUCUUGUAAAUGAAAUAAUAAAAUUACGCUCCUUCCUCACCCAAGCCAACCAAAAGAAAACAUCUAAAGCUGAUAAGAUCAUUGCAGCUUUACCUGAUGCAAUGUUGGAAUGCGCUCGUGAUGUCGUGGGUCGAGUAUCAAUAGAGAAUCUUGCGAAGUACCACAAUAAGGAUGGUUACAGAAUAGCCCAAAUUGCUUUAUGGAAUAGUAUGGUCUACAAUGUGAUUAAUUGUGCAAAGGCGGCUGGUGUUGUAGUUAAGUGUAAACACAAAAGUUUCCUGUAUGAGCUUGGUGCUCUCAACAUUGAUGUAGUCACAAAAUGGAUGACCGACUUCCCGGAUGUGUUCGUGUGAGUGAAUCGUCAGCCGACAGUCGGAAGUUGAAUUUACGAAUGCUACCUAGUAAGCAAAAACCAACUCAUCAACAUAGAUCAUCCUGUAGAAUGUGCAUAUGAGACUAAUUUGAAAAUAAAUCUUUUGUUGAAAACUCCUAAAUUUUCCUAUGUACUGUACUUGUAAUAAUGUUAAAAUCGCUGGUCAACGUCUGUUAGCAGUGUAU